AUGUUUAGUUUGGAUCUUGGAGAUAACAGAUUUACAGGAAAGCUUCCAGCUUGGAUAGGAGAAAGUAUGCACGAUUUGUUGAUCUUGCGCUUGUGGUCCAACUCCUUCAAUGGGAACAUUCCUCAUCAAUUUUGUGGGCUUUCCAAACUUCACAUAAUUGACAUGUCCCACAAUCAUCUCAUUGGUCAUAUUCCACAUUGCAUUGCGAAUCUCAGUGGCUUGAAAUCUAAAGGCAUGGAAGAAAGUCAAACCCCAUCAAGCAUUGGGGAUUUUGAGUGGAUUGAAACUCUUGAUAUGUCCAUGAACCAAAUCUCUGGUCCAAUCCCAUUUUCAAUGACUUGUUUAACAUUUCUGAACCAUCUCAAUCUUUCAUACAAUAACUUGUCUGGAAAAAUCCCAACCACCAAUCAGUUUCUGACCCUUGAUGACCCAUCAAUCUACCAAGGAAAUGCUGGUCUCUGUGGAAGACCCUUGUCAACUGAAUGUCCUGACAAUGGCCAAAGAAAACCAGGAGGUGAUGAAGAAGACCGAGAUGGUGAUGGUGGAGGUAAACUUGAGAAACUGGGAUUCAUCAUCAGCAUCAUGAUUGGAUUUUUUGUGGGGUUUUAG